AUGAGCUUGGUGAGCGUGAUCUUGACGAGGGCAGCCCUAAGAACGCAAUGGAGGGGUCUCCUGCACCUUGCCGUCAAUGUGGUCGGUGGACACAUGGAUAACAAGGGCCGCCGCGAGCUCGAAAUAGACGACCUGAUUGAGCGUGAGUUGGAGGCCCUCAACGAGCUCGAGGAGCGCGGUCUUGCCGAACACAGCCCCAAGAACGGCCGUUGUGAUCUUGAAAACCCCGACGACUGCGACAUUGAUCAGCUUCAUGAUGAGCGUAGCCCCCGCAGCGAUGACUGGAGGGGUCGCCGCGACAUGGAGUUCCUGUAUGAGCGAGACAUUGAAGACCCCGAGGAGCGCGAUCUCGACGAGCGCAGCACCAAGAACGGACAAUGGAGGAACAUGCCAUCAACGUUGUUGGGGGGAAGCCUGGCGCGUCACAGGGCCGACGUGAUCUGGGAAUGGAGGAUCUGGUCGCUCGUGAGCUGCAGGUCCUUGAUGAGCGAGACCUUGAGUACAUUUGUUCUCGCUACAUUCAGGAUAUGGAGAACAGCCAAGAGUAAAGCUCUUUGA